UUAAACAAACACCAACUGCCCAGAAAGACGUCUUUUUUUGGGACCUUCAAAUUACUAGCUUCCAGAAGUGCCACCCAUGCCCGUCUCUGCCAUUUGGCCCUCCGCCUGGGAGCCCAGGACCCAGAGAAACAGCAGGCCUUCUCUUCUUCGGCACACACAAGCGCGCACACACUCACUCGCGGCUUCCUGCUCGGCGGGAGGAGGCGGCUUUGCAGUCCAAAGGGAGCCAGCUUGGUCCUCCCUUUUAUUUACUGUGCUCUUCCAGCUGCAAGGAAGUGAGCAGCAGUUUCCACUGGCAGCUCCCUCCCGACUCAAGGGGCUCCUUUGGAAAGAGAGGCCUCCACUCGGUCCCUCUGUCAGAGCCCCCUUGCUGCUGCCAGAGGCUGGGAAUGGAAGGAACACAGCACUGGUAACGGUUUGCCGGCACUGCUCCAGAUAUGGCUGGUAUUGGCUUUGAUGAGCUGGUCAUUUUUUGGGGCUACCUGGCAUCUCUAAAGUCCCAGAGGGUCCCUGCAAAACACUUGCCCUUUUCCUGCAAACUCCCUGGCCUGUCUGCCUCCAAAUCCAUCCACGUGCAUGGAACUUGACCUCAAAAUCUAAAUGAGAUUGUCUUGAGCCCCCCAAAAUUUGGAAUCUGAAGUUUGACAGAAUGAAGGAAUAGUUUCUUCUCUUGGACUUGCUAUUUAAUAGAUACACCUCCAGAACUGAACCCUGAACUUCAGAUGAAGGAACCCCGACAGUCAGUGCAAAUGCACACCAACUCCUAAAAUGGCUUGGGAAUAGGACCUAGUCACUCCUGCCCUGCUGAAAGCCUUCACUUCUGCUGUGACCUUUUCCAUACCGGGAGCAAUCUCUCAGGUGCCACUGAAGAAGUUACCAUGGAAACCCACAAGGAGGAGAUGGAGCUCUUGAGCAACAGCAUGGCGGCGUAUGCACACAUCCGAGAUCACCCCGAGAGCUUCGGGCUGUACUUUGUCCUGGGUGUUUGCUUUGGACUUGUAUUAACCCUGUGCAUGCUGGUCAUCCACAUCUCGUGGCAGCCCCAUGUGAUCCCGGCUAGGUCCCGCAAAAGCCUGCAGGAAUUCAUUGAGGAGGAUGAAGAUGAUGAUGAAGAGGAGGAGGAAGACACAGUGGACCAUGCUGCUUCUGAACCCCCCUUGUCCAUGACGGAGCUACCCCUGGAGCCGCACGGCACACCCGACAGCACCCUCGCAGUCAAUGUCUUCGCCUCGGCGGAAGAGCUGGAACGGGCCCAGCGGCUGGAGGAGCGUGAGCGGAUUCUUCGGGAGAUCUGGCGCAACGGGCAGCCCGACAUCCUGGGGACGGGUACAGGGACCAUUGGCAGAGUCCACUACUAUUGACUAUGCAAUCAGUUGAUCUCCAAACUCAGGCAGGAUGGACAGUUGGGGGUGGGGGCUGUUUGGCCUCUUGGUAUUGCUUGGACAGAUUGAGGAGAUCUGCAGAAAUGAGCCACUCUCAACUUACUUACCAAGACAUAUCUCAGAACUACCUGAGGGGCAGCUGGAAUGGGGGGGGGGGGCAUUUGAGGGAGGGUUACCAGUGCACAAUGUUGGCCAGAAACCAGCAUUUGUGCCCCAUGACAAGGGGACUCUGAAGGACAAUUGCUUUGAUAAAGCCAUCGUGGUGUAGUGGUUAAGAGCAAGUGGAUUCUAAUCUGGAGAACUGGGUUUGAUUCCCCACUCCUUCACCUGAGUGGCAGAGGCUUGUCUGGUGAACCAGAUGUGUUUCUGCACUCCUACAU